CCAGAAAUAACUCCUGUCCCCAAAAAAGAAAAACCUAAAGAAACAAUUCCUGUUCCUGCAGAAGAAAAACCAGCAAUAACACCUAUUCCUAAAGAGAUAAAACCUGAAGAAAGAGUUCCUGUUCCUGAAGUAGAAAAACCAGAAAUAACUCCUGUCCCCAAAAAAGAAAAACCUAAAGAAACAAUUCCUGUUCCUGCAGAAGAAAAACCAGCAAUAACACCUAUUCCUAAAGAGAUAAAACCUGAAGAAAGAGUUCCUGUUCCUGAAGUAGAAAAACCAGAAAUAACACCCGUCCCUAAAGAAGAAAAACUUGAAGAAAGCGUUCCUGUUACUAAAGAAGAAAAACCACAAAUAAUUACUACUCCUAAAGAGAAGGAAAAACCAGAAAUAACACCUAUUCCUAAAGAGGAAGAACUUGAAGAAAGAGUUCCUGUUCCUGAACUAGAAAAACCAGAAAUAACACCUGUCCCCAAAGAGGAAAAACCUAAAGAAGCAUUUCCUGUUCUUGCAGAAGAAAAACCAGACAUAACACCUGUAUCUAAAGAGGAAAAACCUGAAGCAAGUGUUCCUGUUACUGAACUAGAAAAACCAGAAACAACACCUGUUCCUAAAGAGGAAGAACUCGAAGAAAAAGUUCCUCUUCCUGAAGUAGAAAAACCAGAAAUAACACUUAUUGCUAAAAAGGAAAAAUCUGAAGAAAGAGAUCGUGUUCCUGAAGUAGAAAAACCAGAAAUAACACUCGUCCCUAAAGAAGAAAAACUUGAAGAAAAAGUUCCUCUUACUAAAGAAGAAAAACCACAAAUAAUUCCUACUCCUAAAGUGAAGGAAAAACCAGAAAUAGCACCUAUUCCUAAAGAGGAAGAACAUGAAGAAAGAAUUGCUGUUCCUACAGAAGAAAAACCAGAAAUAACACCUAUAUCUAAAGAGGAAAAACCUGAAGAAAGAGUUCCUGUUACUGAAAUAGAAAAACCGGAAAUAACACCUGUUCCUAAAGAGGAAGAACUCGAAGAAAGAGAUCGUGUUCCUGCAGAAGAAAAAACAGAUAUAACACCCAUCCCUAAAGAAGAAAAACUUGAAGAAAAAGUUACUGUUACUAAAGAAGAAAAACCGCUAAUAAUUCCUACUCCUAAAGACAAGGAAAAACCAGAAAUAAUACCUAUUCCUAAAGAGGAAGAACAUGAAGAAAGAGUUGCUGUUCCUGCAGAAGAAAAACCAGAAAUAACACCUGUAUAUAAAGAGGAAAAACCUGAAGAAAGAGUUUCUGUUACUGAAUUAGAAAAACCAGAAAUAACACUUGUUCCUAAAGAGGAAAAACUCGAAAAAAGAGUUCCUAUUCUUGAAGAAGAAAAACCUGAAAUCACACCUGUAUCUAAAGAAGAAAAACCUGAAGAAACACUUCCUGUUCCUGAAGAAGAAAAACCAGAAAUAACACCUGUAUCUAAAGAGGAAAAACCUGAACACACAGUUCCUCUUCCAGAAGAAGAAAAACUAGAUAUUACACUUAUUUCCAAAAAGGAAAAACCUAGAGAAGCAAUUCCUGUUCCUGCAGAAGAAAAACCAGCAAUAACACCUAUUCCUAUAGAUAUAAAACCUGAAGAAAGAGUUUCUGUUCUUGAAGAAGAAAAACCAGAAAUAACACAUGUUCUUAAAAAGGAAAAAUUUGAAGAAAGAGUUUCUGUUUCUGAAGUAGUAAAACCAGAAAUAACACCUGUUCCUGAAGUAGAAAAACCAGAAAUAACACCUGUUCCCAAAGAGGAAAAACCUAAAGAAGCAGUUCCUGUUCGUGCAGAAGAAAAACCAGAAAUAACACCUGUAUCUAAAGAGGAAAAACCUGAAGAAACAGUUUCUCUUCCAGAAGACGAAAAACCAGAAAUUACACCUAUUGCUAAAGAGGAAAAAUCUAAAGAAGGAGUUCCUGUUCCUAAAGUAGAAAAACCAGAAAUAACACCCAUCCCUAAAGAAGAAAAACCUCAAGAAAAAGUAACCUUUGCUAAAGAACAAAAACCAGAAAUUGCACCUAUUGUUAAAGAGGAAAAACCUGAAAAAAGAGUUCCUAUUCUUGAAGUAGAAAAACCAGAAAUAAAACAUGUCCCUAAAGAAGAAAAACCUAAAGAAAAAGUUCCUGUUGCUAAAGAACAAAAACCAGAAAUAACGCAUAUUGCUAAAGGGGAAGAAUCUGAAGAAAGAGUUCUUGUUACUGAAGAAGAAAAACCAGAAAUAAUUCCAGCUCUUAAAGAGAAGGAAAAGCUAGAAAUAACACCUCUCCUUAAAGAAGAAAAAACUGAAGAAAGAGUUUCUGUUCCUGAAAGAGAAAAACGAGAAAUAACACCUCUCUCUAAAGUGGAAAAACCCAAAGAACGAGUUCUGUUUACUAAAAAAGAAGAACCAGAAAUAACCCCUACUCCUAAAGAGAGGGAAAAACCAGAAAUAACUCCUAUCCCUAAAGAGAAAGAACAUGAAGAAAGAGUUCCUGUUACUCAAGUAGAAAAACCACAAAUAAUACCCAUCCCUAAAGAAAAGGAAGAACCUGAAGAAAAGGUUCUCUUUGUUAAAAAAGAAAAACCAGAAAUAACACCUAUUCCUAAAGAGGAAGAACCUAAAGAAGCAGUUCUUGCUAGUGAAAUACAAAAACCACAAAUAAUACCUAUUUCUGAAAAGGCAGAGAAAUUCCAAGAAAUAGUUUCCAUAUCCAAGGAAGAACAAAUAACUACUACUGUGAAAGUUGAGAAAAAACUAGAAGAAGAACUGAUAAUAACCAAAGAGAAACCACAAGUAGCACCUAUUCCUAAACAGGAAAAACCUGAAGAAAGAGUUCUCUUUACAAAAGAAGAAGAACCAGAAAUUAUUCCCACUCCUAAAGAAAAAGAAGGUGAAAAAUUAAUUCAUAUUACUAAAGAGGAAGAAGUUGCACAAAUAGUACCAAUUUCUGAAGAAUUUAAUGAAAUUGAAGGUAUAGUUCCAGUAAAGAAAGAAGAAGAAAAACCAGAAAUAAUCCCUACUCCUAAAGAAAAGGAAGAACCAGAAAUACCACUUAUUCCUAAAGAGGAAAAAUCUGAAGAAAUAGUUCCAGUUACUGAAAUAGAAAAACCAGAAAUAAUCCCCAUUCCUAAAGAAAAGGAAGAACCUGAAGAAAACAUUCCUCUUACUAAAGAAGAAAAAUCAGAAAUAAUAGAUGAAAUAAUUACUACUGUGAAAGUUGAAGGAAAACUUGAAGAAGAAGUGAUUAUAAGCAAAGAGAAAGAAAAACCAGAAGAAUCACCUACUAAAGAACCUGAAAUAGCACCUACUGUUAUAGAACACCUGGAAAGUAAAGAAAGAGUACCAAUAACCAAAGAAAAAGAUGAAAUUAAACUGCUUGCUAAAGAUGAGGCAAUUAUUAAGAAGAAAGAAGAACCCGAAGAAAAGCCAGCAGACAUAGUCUCUGUAGUUAAAGAAGAAAAACCUAAAAUAAUUCCCUUUCCUAUAAUAAAGGAAGAAUAUAAAGAAAUAGUUCAUAUUACUAAAAAGAAAGAAGUUGCAAAAUUAAUACCAAUUUCUAAAGAAUAUAAGGAACCUGAAGAAACAGUUGCCAUAACAAAGGAAAAAGAAAAACCAGAAAUAAUUCCUUCUCCUAAAGAAAGGGAACCUGAAGACAAACCAGAACAUGAGAAACCCGAAGUAAAGUUCUCUGUAAAAGAAAUAAUGGAGAAAACAGAAAUAACACAUACUUUGAAAGAAGAGAAGCAUAAAGAAGGAAUCAAACCUUCAGCUAAAGAAGAACCUAUAAAAAUGGUACCAAUAACCAAAGAAGGAAAAGUACCAGGAUUAGUAUAUAAGGAAGAGGUCGAACAUGAAGAAACAGUUCCAAUAACCAAGGAAGUAGAAGAGGAAUUUGAAGAGAGAGUGUUUAUAAUCAGGGGCAAAGAAAAACCAGAAAUAGUACCUAUUGUUAGAAAAGUGGAAAAACCUGAUGACAGUACCCAUAUGUCCACAGACAUAGAAAAAUCUAAAAAACUGGAAAUAACACCUUCUGUUAGAGAAAUAAAAGAAAUCAUAGAAAGAGUUUCUGUAAAAAAAGAAGAUGAAAAAUAUAAAAUAACUUAUACUGUUAAAAAAGAGGAAAAGCCUGAAAAUUUGUUACGUAUAUCUAAGGGUCUAGAAAAACCUGAAAGAGUAGUAAUUUUACGUAAAGUAGAUAAACCAGAAACAUUACUUGCUACUAAAGAAGAUGAAAUAGCUGAGAAAUCAACAAUGUCAACUAAAGAAAAAGAAGAACUAGACAAAUUAAUAUUUCUUCCAAAACAAGAAGAAAAACCUGAAUUUGUCCACAUAACGAAAGAAGAGAGACUGGAAACGUUGCUUUUUUUCUAAAGAUGAAGAGAUUCCUGCUGAAAUAGAA